AUGGCUCCAGGAAUCAGCGACCCCAGGAUGGUGUCCGUCAACCCUCGGAUUCGAUAUAACACUAUAGGAGGCAUCAAUGGUCCUUUGGUUAUCCUUGACAAUGUGCGAGCGUUGGUUUAUUUUGACGCUUCUAGGAUCUAUAUCCCGGUUAAAUUCCCCCGCUAUAACGAGAUCGUAUCUCUGACACUCCCCGAUGGAUCGGAGAAGUCUGGCCAGGUUUUGGAAGCUAGAGGCGACAGGGCUGUGGUCCAGGUUUUUGAAGGCACUCACGGUAUUGAUGUUAAAAAGACCAAAGUCGAGUUCACUGGUCACAGUCUCAAACUUGGUGUCUCGGAAGACAUGCUUGGACGGAUCUUUGAUGGAUCUGGACGAGCAAUUGAUAAAGGCCCUAAGGUGUUUGCGGAGGAAUAUCUGGAUAUUAAUGGCAGUCCAAUAAACCCAUACUCUCGAGUAUAUCCAGAAGAAAUGAUCUCGACUGGUAUCUCAGCCAUCGACACAAUGAAUUCCAUUGCCCGCGGACAGAAAAUUCCUAUUUUCUCUGCUGCUGGUCUUCCACACAAUGAGAUUGCUGCACAGAUCUGUCGUCAAGCCAGUCUGGUGAGCAAGCCCACCAAAGACGUGCAUGACGGACAUGAAGACAAUUUCUCCAUUGUGUUCGCCGCAAUGGGCGUGAACAUGGAAACAAGUCGUUUCUUUACCCGUGAUUUCGAGGAGAAUGGCACACACAGGAUCGAACGAAUCAUCACUCCUCGCCUUGCUCUUACUACCGCAGAAUAUUACGCCUAUCAAUUGGAGAAACAUGUUCUUGUCAUCUUGACUGAUCUUUCUGCGUAUUGUGAUGCUCUGCGAGAGGUUUCAGCCGCCAGAGAAGAGGUCCCGGGUAGACGUGGAUAUCCUGGCUACAUGUACACUGAUCUGUCAACCAUUUAUGAACGAGCUGGUCGUGUCGAGGGCCGUAAUGGCUCUAUUACGCAAAUUCCUAUCUUGACUAUGCCCAACGACGAUAUCACCCACCCAAUUCCUGAUCUAACCGGCUAUAUUACCGAAGGCCAAAUUUUCGUGGACCGCCAGCUUCACAACAAGGGUAUCUACCCCCCAAUAAAUGUAUUGCCAUCCCUUUCUCGACUCAUGAAGUCUGCCAUCGGUGAAGGCCGUACCCGCAAGGACCACGGUGAUGUAUCCAACCAACUAUACGCCAAAUAUGCUAUUGGCCGUGAUGCUGCUGCCAUGAAAGCUGUCGUCGGUGAAGAAGCACUCUCGGCCGAGGAUAAGCUCUCUCUCGAAUUCUUAGAUAAAUUCGAACGAACAUUCAUCUCCCAAUCACCUUAUGAGUCCCGCACUAUCUUCGAGUCUCUUGACUUGGCGUGGAACCUCCUCCGCAUUUAUCCCAAGGAUUUGCUUAACCGUAUCCCCAGGAAAGUCAUUGAGGAGUAUUACCAGCGCUCUGGUAAGGGACGGACAAAGGGGAAUAAAGAUACGAGAGAUAACACAGCCCCGGAGGCGAAUUUAAUUGACGUGUAAGAAGUGACCCGUCUGGGGUUGAAGAGGCAGCUUGGUAUGUCACUGGAAUGUUUUCCUUUCACUUGGUUUUCUUUUUUUGGGUAGAGGAUUAUUUUGAUGUGAAUGGAGCGGGGUUUUUGUUUCCAAAUAAUUAGGGCUCUGCCCUGCUGUGUCCUUCCUUAUAUGCCUUAUUGCCAUUACAUAUAUGGCUUACACCUGUCACAUAAUUAUACGACAUGUUGGGCGGCGAAGAAUAUCUGAUUUUAUUUUCUCCCUUUUUAUAUUUCUUUAUUAUCCCCAUUUUUUUUAAAUCAUUCAUUCGAUCAAAUUAAUUAUUGUUAUCUUUUCAACCCUUUCCCUGUAGCACCAUUUAAUUCGAUCUUACAUAUAUGUU